CUUAUCAUAUGUCAUAAUAUGUGCAAUUUUCUUAGUUGCAUUCUGCAAAUAUUUUAAUUUUUUUAAAUAUAGUGAUAGUAUUAAAUCCUUUGAUGUGGUUUUGCUAUGGGUCGAAGUCUCAUUUCAAUACUAUAAUUUGAAGUUUUUGUUUUAACAAUGUUGGGGGGAAACAAAUUAAAAGUAUCAUUUACACAUGAAAGAUCUUGUUUCGGAUAUAUUAGUACUAAACAUAGUACGAACAAUGAACAGUCACAAUGUGUGCAAGUAUUGUAUAGAGAGAAACAAAUAUUUCUCUGGGCAGUAUUCAACAGUAAUAUUCCAGAGGGUAACAUAGCGUGUAAUCCUGUCUUCAGUAAAGUUGUUGGGUUAGACGAGGGUGUGGAGGUGUUUGUGGCUCCGUAUGGAGAUGUUAAGGUUCUAGACCAGUUGUACAUUGACACCGAUAGCCCCGAUGACCAGGAAAUACUCGAACACAAUGUGGAGGUUUUGCAAUUAAGGAUUUUAGACCAAUUAAGGCUUGUGGCUGCUGAUCAGAAGGCUGUUGUGUGGAUAUCUACAUCUAUGCCUAUCGUUUUCACUCCAAAGACGACCGGUCUACUGGUCAAUCAUAGCAGAAUCAUUGUCAAAAUAGAUGCUUUCAACAGUCUCGGUAGUGACUUUAGUAAUCAGGGGGCGGCAACAAAGGGAUCACACCAAAAAUAUAACAAUAUAGGUAUUAUCAACGACGGUCUUCUCAGUCCAUACUUGAAUCCACAAAACAGAUUAAUAUUAAGAGCUCUGCCUAUAGAGGGCGACGGGAAGAAAAAUUUAAUACAUCCCUAUACUGUGUUCAUACAUGAAGACUUGAUUGAUGAAAGUUAUAAAGAUUUAAUGGUGAUCCUGGCCACUAUGAACCACAUUCCAUCGGUGUUGCAAGAAGAUGAGGUUGAAUCCCAUAAAAUAGACGGCAUUUGUGUGGAAAUAGUCACCAUAGACAAUACGGUCUUCAGAAGUCUCUGUAGAGAGGUUUACAAUGAAAAUAUACCGACUGUACUCAUACCGAAGUCACUGAAUGUUAUAAUAAAUGUUGAGAUGGGUGUGAAGCUAAUUUUUAACAUAAUCGGUGAUAAAGUAGAGCUUCCCGAUCACGUGGACAUCAUAACGUACUCGGAGAAAACUCAAACGGAGAUUGAUGUUAUAGAAAAGUUUAAGAAGUGUGUCGUCGAAAACACACACUCCGGUAAAAUGUUCCUCAUAAAUGACGGCAUGGUGAAGCAGAACACACACAUCAGUCACGGGUUUCUGAGGUUCAAGUUGCAACCUGAAAGGUUAAAAUACACUAUGCUGAACUCAGAGUCGUUUAGGAACUGCAGUGUGGCCGCCAAAUGCUUGACUGAUGCAGACUUCGACUGUCCCAAGAAAGUCACACAUCAACUAGAAUAUGACUUUAAGAAUUAUUGUCGCAGUAUAAAGUCAAGUCAGGAGCUGGUUGAUGAUAUCCUGUCACACAUACAUUUUGAGAUACAAAGGGAGGCGAGUUUCAAAGGGGUAUCGGAGAUCAAGAGCAAUGUCCUUAUAACCGGUUCAAGCGGCGCGGGAAAGUCUGCUAUAUGUCAUAUAGUACAAAAAGAAUUAACUCUCUGGUCCCACAUACUACACUGCCGGGCGCUCAAAGGCCGGAAGGACGUCACUGAAGUCAUAGGGAAAGCUAUACUGAUGUGUCAGGAACAUAGUCCAUCAGUGCUGAUAUGUGACGACCUCGAUGCUUUAAUACCGCCGAACACAGAGGGCGCCUCCCCACAAGACAUCGCAUACUAUCAGAGAUUGGCGUCGUGUAUUAAACAGAUGUUACAGUCUUGUUCGUCUGUGUGCGUGUUGAUGACGUCACUCAGUCUGAGGUCGUUGCACCCGGUCCUGAGACAGUUCAGCGGGCGACCCCUGUUCACGGCACACUUUGACAUACCGCAGAUGAAUCAGGAUGAUAGAAUAGAAGUUUUCAAACACUUACUGAAUGAUAAAAUCCGCGAGUCGGUGCUGGUGGAGGAGCAGGACGUGGCGACCCUGGCCACCGACACGGCCGGCUGUAACGUCAGGGAGAUACUCGAGUAUUUCAAUAAGAGAAUAUUCAAGGCCGUCAAGAAUAAGUCCAAGCCGUCAGACAAGCCGCGUCUAAUAGCCGACAUAUCCAAGGAGCUGGAGAAGGCGAACACCUUCGACAUAUGGGGUUCUGUGGGGGGGAUGCACGACGUGAAGAGACAGAUCACUGAGGCUAUAUUCUGGCCAAUCAUGUACCCGAGUCUGUUCCCAUCAUCUUCAUGUGGCAUCUUGCUGUAUGGGCCUCCAGGGUCAGGGAAGUCGCUGAUAGGAUCCUGCUUGUCCUCGUUGACCAACAUGAGGGUCCUCACAGUCAAGGGACCGGAAUUACUGUCUAAAUACAUCGGGCAAAGCGAGAAGGCUGUCCGGGAUAUAUUUGAUAAAGCGGACAUGCAGCGUCCCUGUAUUCUGUUCUUCGACGAGUUCGACAGUCUCGCGCCCAAACGCGGCCACGACUCCACGGGGGUGACGGACCGCGUGGUGAACCAGCUGCUGUCUCGGCUGGACGGGGCGGAGGGCGGCGCGCGCGGGCCCGUGCUGGCGGCCACCUCGCGCCCGGACCUGGUGGACCCGGCGCUGCUGCGGCCCGGCCGGCUCAUGCUGCACCUGUACUGUGGCCUGCCCGACCAGGCCGACCGUGUGGAGGUGCUCCGGUGCCUGUCCAGGAGCGUGUGCCUGUCCCGGGAGGUGGAUCUGUCGUGGCUGUCGUGUCGUACUGAAGGCUACUCCGCCGCCGACCUCAAGUCCCUGCUAGUGACGGCGCAGCUCACCAGGCUCGAGAAGCAAUUGGCCGCGAGCGACGACAAAACCCUGGAGUCGGUGGUAGUGUUGAAGGAGGACGUAGAGGACGCGCUCCGGGAGACUUCGCCCUCGCUGUCACCAGAACAGAGACUGUUCUAUGACACCAUCUACCGUCGUUUCCGCGGGGAGCCGCUGUCCCCACAACAGACGCGCCUGCAGAGUCGCCUCGACCGCCAGAGAGUCACACUCGCCUGAUGUCUUCAUGAUACGAUAUGAUAUGGUAUAGGUUACGGGCUAUGGUUUGAUCGUCUUCUUGUCUGGUGUCGGCCAUCACUUCCUGUCGUGGACGCUUCCUGCUAAGCGUUCGCGGGAAUCACGGAUGUUAUUUUUUGUUUUAUUCUUCACUAAACGUUUAAUUACAAUAUUUGUAUGGCAUAAUUUUUUGCAUUAGCUGUCAGGCCAAAGUUAUUAGUCAUUGCCUUAAUUGUAAUAAGAUAGCGUUUAUUAUCCGAACUAAGUGGGGGACAUGGGUUUUAUAAAACCGGUAGUUUUGGACAAUCGGUAUAAUAAAAAAAAAUUCAAUCUUCGUCCGCCGAAGCUGAGCUACCCGCUGACGGGUGGACAGGUCACGUGUUUUUUAAGCACAGUUAUUUGUUGCUGCUCGCUUUCAGGCCAUGAUCUGAACCAACAAGCCGAUGUCAACGAGCUAACGCUUCACUAGCGCUAGUCGUGUUUUCAUCCCCAACAUCUGACCUGUAGUUGACGAGGCGCUAGCUGGAAUCCGUCUUACUGGCCACGUGGUCUCAAAUUCCGCUCUCCUGUGUAAUGUGGUGUCCGGAUUAUUCAUAGCGAUAUCCACUGUUAGCUGAACCUCUUCCGCAUCACAUUUCAAAUCAAGCUUUUUUAUCGUUCAUCGUCCUGCCUUUCAUUUAUACCUUCAUUGUGCGGAUUUCCCUUCACACAUAAAUCUUUAUUCCACGUUCUCCCCGUCCCGCGCCGCUCUGAUCACGUCGGACGCAACUUACGAAUCAAUCUUUUGGUGCUUUAAAGCUUUUCUUCUCCCUCAUAUUCUUUUUCCAAAAGCAACUUCGUAACAAUAACUUCCUAUAAGGCCGUUUGCUUGUUUCACUACCGCCCGGUCCACGGCCUGUUAUUACGAAGUCACGUGACACGGACCCAACAUGACUGUUUUCGUCUUUUCGUUUAACACGUCACAUGAAGUAUCAGUUGGGGCGUUAUCAAGAAGCUUACAGUUUUCUCUCUAGCAUUUAAUAAUUUAUGAGUUUUUAGUAACGAUGUAAAGGUUUGUGUAAACCAUUCCAUGAACACUGUGCUAGCCAUCCAAGCUUUCUUUUGCGAAGGGCAAACGAUAGGCAGAGCAGACAAACUAACUUGCUUUUACUACUGGGCAGGGGUAAUCAGUGGCUGCCAGUAGCAUUAGCACACGCUAAGGCAAUUACGGUAAUACGGUCUAUAGGGUCUAUAGGGUCUGUAGGGUCUAUACGGUAAACGGUAAUAUAAUUAUAUGACCCUUGCUUAUUUUAGGACCAGGCGCUGCUAAUUCAUGAAUUGAAGCUAGAGUUUUUCUUGGCAGAGUUUUCCGUGACCCCGGUUCCGCCUGCAUUGUAGACGUUUUCCAGAGCGUAAUUUUCUUCCUUCAGUGUAUCCCUUAGUUUGAUGACGAAUUAAUCAGCAGAUAGUUUUUCUCCUUGUAUUUUCGUGCGGAAAAUUUUCUUCUAUCGACUAGCGAUUACUUGAAAGUCUCUUAGGAAUAUAACUAACGAGGCGCGACAAGUGCGUGAGCAUUGUAUCGCGGGAGGUGGGAGUAACACGCACGCGAGCAGGGUCGGCGUAAUGUUUCGGGUUAACGGUCGUUCGGACGUUUGGAUAAUCGACGCUAAUAUAGUAAUAUUUUAAAAUGCUUGUCACACAAUAGGAGACGAAAAUUUUUUGUAAAGGGCCUUUCCUGAAAAGCAAAAUUUGAAUAGCAAAACACGUGCUUUAGCUUUAUUGUGAGAUAAAUCCACCGCGCGAGUACCGACACGAUAGUUCACCAGCAAACUUUGAUUUUCAAAAUUUCUUUUGCCAACGUAACAAGAUAAAUUUUGUAAAUGAUCUGUUUCUUCAAUGAACUGCCCGUUCGGUCUUUUAAAUGCUAUACAUUUCUUAAGUUAUCACCGCCUGUGAUUGCUUUAUUCCUAUGGUCCAAGCUUACAAUACCUGUCGUGUUGUUAUUUUUUUAAAUAAAUAAUCGUUAUUCUCACUGACUUGUCUGUGUCGAGAUCUUAUCUGUUGUAAGCAUUUGUGUAUAUCAAGUAUAUACUGAGAUAGUUUUUGCUGUGUAAUAAACCAGUAGAAAUAUAUGUCAUAAUUUCUGAUUAUUUUUUAAUUUUGGAAAAUAUAUGUAUAUAUGAAGAGAAAAAAAAAUUAUAUAUAUAUAUAGAUGUGUGUAUCCGAUAGUAUCAAGCCUGGUCUUAAACUGUAUUUUUAAAGAUUUUUUGUAUAUUUUGUUUCCAAUAGUAGUAGUAAUUUUUUUUAUGUUCAGUUUUUUUUAUAUGAUUCCUUAUGGACUCAGUCAUAUAAAUUCUAUAUUUAUGUUGAAAAUAUAUAUAUUUUUACUAUAUAGUCGUGAAUUCCUUGUAUGAGACUGCACUUGUUAGGUGUCGCCUGUAUGUCGGUAUUGUUACGAACAAAUUACUAUAUAAUUUUUAUUCAAUCAUUCACAUGGAGAUGUUAAUUUAAUUCAAUAUAAAUAUUUUUUAUUAGUGCGGCACCAAAUAUUUUUCUCUGAGCUUUGAUGUUAUUUUAGUGAACUUAGUUAAAAUUAUGGAAAGAAAUGUAAAGCCGGGGUAUUUAAAUAUAUUUAAAAUAUUUCGAAAAAUUGUUAGUGUAUUUUUUAAAAGUUUUAUUUUUUUUUAAGUUUUAAUUUAAAUUAUUUUUUAUUGUUUGGAAUCUAAUUAUUUCAUAUAUAUGUAUGUAAUUAAUUUUUUUUUUUAAUUUAUUAUAAGAUAAAUCCAUAGAGCGGUAUGUUGUAUGUGUAACGUAAUAUAUAUGAAGAGAUGUUUGCUAUAAAAGACUUAAUGAUACUACUGCAGUCAUGGCUUUUUUUAUCCCCGCUAUGAUAUAUUAUUUGUAUAUAGGUAAGAUAAAAGAAUUUAUGUAUAUACGGUUUCUGUUGAUUUUUAAAUAAAAGGGCAUUUUUUU